AUGUUUCGCACUUUGGCUACUCGAGUUCUUAAUAGUACACCGGCCAGACUUUCUGCAAGAAAUCUGUCGUGUACUGCCUCGCUGUCUGUGAAGCUAUCAGCUGAUGAAAUCUUUAAACGAGAGAAUAAAUACGGAGCACAUAACUAUCACCCUUUACCGGUGGCUUUAAAUAAAGGUGAAGGUGUUUAUGUCUGGGAUGUGGAAGGCAAUAGAUAUCUUGAUUUUCUUAGUGCUUAUUCUGCUGUGAAUCAAGGACAUUGUCAUCCUAAGAUUGUCGCUGCUAUGAAGAAACAAGUUGAAAACAUAACUUUAACUUCAAGAGCUUUUUAUAACGACGUUUUAGGUAAGUGGGCAGGGCCGGACUGACUUGGGGGUGGGGUGUAACACCCCCAAAGAAAAGUCGGGAAGGGGGCCCGUUUUUUGGAAAGGAGGCCCCCAAAUGCUGAAAUUGCCAAACGUGAAUUUUUUGAGAGCUGUCAAUCCUUUUCACAGACAGGGAGAGUGGAGGAAUAGACCCAUUGCACAUGACGUCACAGCGCCGGCGAUGAUGCAUCUGGAGGACAAAUUAGCAAUCUAUGCAUAAUAUAACUUUUAUUGUUAUUGUACCCGAACAGAUACUGUUAGGGAGCAUCUGGAGGACACUCUAAGGAUGUGUGAUGUCAGUGCAAGGAGUUUUUAAAAUUUGCUAAAAAUAAAUUUAAAAUUUAAAAGGGUCUAAAGGCCAAAUUAGAGAAACUUAUGAAGUGGAAAUGUGAACAUACCAAUCAUCUUCCUAGGCGAAUAUGAAGAAUAUGUGACAAAACUUUUCGGUUAUGACAAAGUGUUGCCCAUGAACACAGGUGUGGAAGGAGGGGAGACAGCCUUAAAGUUGGCACGUAAGUGGGCAUACAAGGUGAAGGGUGUGCCCAAGAAUCAGGCUAAGGUCGUGUUUGCAGCAGAUAAUUUUUGGGGUCGUACGUUAGCUGCGUGUUCAGCGUCAACUGAUCCUGAUUGUUAUGAAGAUUAUGGACCAUAUAUGCCAGGAUUUGAGAUUGUGCCAUACAAUAAUUUGGAAGCAUUAGAGGUAUACUGUAUGCAUUCUUUUAUUUUUAUGAUAACUAAGAAUCAAUUUCAAAUUUAUUGAUUUAUGUGCUGAAAAUUGCUGCUCCUUGUGGCAGUUGCCCCUCCCACCCCCACCUUGCUUCCUAUGGCCCUCACUCUCCAGGCUCAAAUUAUAGUAAGUGAAGUGUGAAAAAGCAAUAUGUUGUGCACCUCGAAAUUUAACUGCAUUGUGUAUUUGUGUAUGUAUGUUAAAGGUGGCAAUUCAAGAUCCAAACACAUGUGCAUUCAUGGUCGAACCCAUCCAAGGAGAAGCUGGAGUUCUUGUGCCAGAUCCAGGUUAUCUGACUGGUGUAAGGAAGCUAUGUGAUAAACAUAAUGUAAGUUCACGCUGAAUUUUUCAACAAUUGUCAGCUGGAUUUAAUUAGUGUAUGGCAUUUCACAGUAAACCUGUAUGGCAUAUAUGACUUAAAAUUUACAAUUGGUUGUAUAUAUUUUUCAAAUUUGUCAAUGAUAUUCUAUAUUGCCAGGCAGUUUCUUAUACCAAUAUUUCAUAAUCAUGAUGCUUAAUUAUUUGGCACCUUUUAUCCAGGUUCUAUUUAUUGCUGAUGAAGUUCAAACUGGUUUGUGUCGAACUGGAAGGUAUAGUAGCAUGCAGUAAUACAUCAUCCACUUGAUGGAUGGGAUUUGAUUCGACUUCCACUAGACCACUACAGCUACCAUUUUAACCAAUCAGAUGCAUUUCUUAUAUCCGAUUGAUGAAUCAGAUGCAGACUAAACCAGUGAGAGGACAGAGGUAGCAGUAGUCAAAACUGAACCUCUCUAAUUAUCACACAAAUCCCUCCUUGGCUUGGGUGCCUUGUUCUAAUGAAUUGUGUGUGAAUAGCCUUUCCACUUGACUCACAAGAGUUAGGCACUCCAAGGCCAAGAAACUAGAUGUGACAUAAUUAUAUACCUAAAUGGCUAAAGGUUGUAUUAUUAUACAUGGCUCACAAGAAUUUAAAGAAAAAUGGUUUUACUGCACUAGGCGCCUCUGUGUGGACCAUGAAGAAGUUCGUCCUGACAUUGUAAUUCUUGGAAAAGCACUUGCAGGUGGAUUGUACCCAGUAAGUAGACAGUCUAUCAUAAUUAUAUAGACUCUUUGAGUACAGAAACUGUUUAAAUGUAAUUAGUGUUAUUAAUUGAUACAACAUAAUUUGUGACAAGAUAAUUAGCCUACAGUUCCUUCUAUAGGUUUCUGCUGUGUUGUGUGAUGAUGAGAUCAUGUUAACAAUUAAACCUGGAGAGGUGUGUAUGUGCAUCAGAUGCGAGAGACAAUGAUAUAUAGAAAAAAAACACAACCUAUAUAAAAUUAUAUGCAUGGUGUGGCCAGGGGCAUAACCAGCCCCAAAUGAGCGGGGGAGCAUGUCCUCAAAAAAUGGGGGCACAUUUAAGACACAGAAGGGUCUGUGAAACGUUAGUAAAUGCAUUUUAGACACGUUUUAUGAUAAUCUGGAGGCCACAGAUUUGGUAUAUUUUAUGUAAUAGAUGAAAGCUAUAUACAAGGUUACGACCUCCCCCCACCCUACCCAAUUUCUCUUCUGGAUCCCCCUUGUGCCUACGCCCCUGGGUGGAGUAACCAUACAAAUCAAUCUGUAAAUUAUAAUGGUAAGAACUAAUUCACCCCCCUCACUGCACUAAACCGAACCAGUUUCUGCAUGUGACUGAUAUGAGCAUAGUGAAAUAUCAUGAUUGUAUUAAAAACUUCAUAUCAAUUGAAACUAAGAUUAAUAAAUCUAAUAGCUAAACAUGGCACAUAAAAUAGUUUGGUUUUUGAUCUACUUCAUUGCUUCGUUUAGCAUGGCUCAACAUUCGGUGGUAAUCCUCUCGCUUGUAAAAUUGCGAUUGCUUCGUUAAAGGUGAGUGGCCUUUUUUACUAGUGUUAUUUUUUCAUCUUUGAUAUGAAGGAAAUUUGUUAUAAUUUGUUUUCUUUCAUAUAGGUUUUAGAAGAGGAAAAAUUGGCAGAAAAUGCAACAAAAAUGGGAGAAAUACUUCGGUCUGAGAUUUCGCUACUCAAUCCAGAAAUCGUCGUAGAAGUUCGUGGAAAAGGUCUAUUUACUGGAAUCACUAUUAAGGAAACGAAAGGUCCGUCAGUAUCCAUUUUUACACUUUCUAGCCUUGACUGGAUUUUGCUUAGGCUGUUUGGUUGAUUUAAUAAAUACCUGAUUACCUGAAUUCUUAUUAGACAACGCGGGAUUUACGGAACUCGUCGACCAGAUUUCCAAUUUCAGGAGAGUUAAUAGAAUACUUUGUCUUUGACAUCAAUUUUGUGUAUUCCCUCAGGAAGGGUUUUUUACAGCCAAUAUUUAUAUAGAAAACGUUGUAGGUAAUGUACUGUACUUGGAUCAGUUGGAUGUACACACGUAAAAAUCUCACACCUUAUAUCAAGUCUGCUAACAAGCCUUCAACAAGUUGUGUUCGCACUGCUUGUCCCAAGUUGUCAACAAGUUUGGAAGAAGCUGUUAACAACUUGUAACAAGCUUGAUGACAUUAUCAGACUUGUGGCAAGGUUGUUCUAACAAGUCCAAAACAGUCCUGACAUAACAAUAUUGUUACAACCUUGUAACAUUCUUGUUAUAUCAUGAUUGUAUCAGGCUUGUUAGAACAACCUUGUAACAAGUCUGAUAAUGCCAUCAAGCUUGUUACAAGUUGUUAACAGCUUGUUUCAAACCUGUUACAACAUACAACAACUGGGAACAAACAGUGCGAAGACAACUUGUUGACAGCUUGUGAACAGAUUUGUAACAACUUGUUUGCAGACUUGUAACAACUUGUGCGUUUUGACGUGUGUACAGGCCAAGGAUGUCUUAGACUAGGGAAAAUUCUCCAUUUUUUGAACAACUGAGUGCACACUGAGUCUCCAAAAUAGGAUUUUUUGCCAGCUCUAUAUGAAAGUUUAUUGAUGGUGAAAGAUAUUGUGUUUAGGUGUCGACGCAUGGGACGUGUGCCUGCGACUGCGUGAUAACGGCCUGCUUGCCAAGCCCACACAUGGGGACAAGAUACGCUUCACUCCACCUCUGGUUAUCAAUGAAGAACAGAUUUUUGAAGCUAUUGAUAUCAUGAAGAACACUAUCAAUUCUUUAUAG